AUGUCCCAAGUAAUCGACCUAACUCUCGAGCAAAACACCACGGAUAACCCUGUCCCAUCAUCCGUAACAUAUCCAGCUCCCCUCCCCUCCCUGCGAGCCCGACGCAUCACCACCAUCUCCAUCACCAGCCAAACAACCAAACUCCCCCGUCAAGACCACCGCACACUCCUCAAGAAACAAGCCUGGCUCCAAGCCAACACCAUCGACAUACCGCCCAACUCCCUCUCCCUCCCCUCCAGCACGAACGGCACACCCAACCCCAUCGCAGCAACACUCGUGUUCGCCCAACACGAAGCCGGAACAGCAGUUUGCAUCUCCCCCUCCGGCAUCCUACUAACCUGCUCGCACUGCGUCGCCGAAAACACCACCCAUCUAUCAUGGUCCCAAACACACUGGCUAAUUUUCUCUUCGGGGGAUGUCGUCGCCGCCAAAACUAUAGCCUGGGACGCGAGACGUGAUCUCGCACUCCUGGUCAUCAUCAAGUCUUCAUCACGGGCCACCGUCUUCCCGUACGCUUCUCUGUCGACGACACCGCCGAGGAUAUCGUCUAGGCUGCUGUGUAUAGGGCACCCCGCAGCUGAGGAUCUCGAGGCUCCGCUGCCGGGCACAAAAACAGGCUACGACACCUUGGUGCUGAGUACAGGGACGUUUCGGGGCCUGGCAGAGCAGGACCCGCAUGAUAAUGAGGAAAUAGGGGCGUUGAUGCAUUCGUGCUGGACGUACUGGGGGCAUAGUGGUGCUCCCUUGGUUGAUCGGCGUUCUGGGGGUUUGGUCGGCUUGCAUUCUAGUUGGGAUGAUGAGACGGGUAUGAGGAGAGGCAUUCCGCUCGAGGCUUUGGAUGGGUUUCUAGGACAAGUUGUGAGAAAGUAUGAGGCUGUUACUCCAUAUGGCUGGGUGUGGUUUGUUCGCUGA